GGGGGGGGGGCGCUUGAGCAAAAAAGUAGGAGGGCUGGUGGGCUAGGCAGGCGCCGGCGUCAAAGUUGUUGGGUAUGACGGCCAGGGCUGCUGGGGAAUAAAUGGAGAAGAUGGAGGUUAGAGCAAAGGGAUGGUUGGAAACUGCUCCGCUCAGAAAGGUGACUGAAGGCCCUGAAGCAUCCUGGUAGUACCAAGACUCGGAGAGAGACGGGGAAUGAGUCCGUGCCUCUUGGAGUCGGAGAGCAGGAUGUGAUGCACAGAGGGAUUUGGGAGGACACCGACGACUGUCCUUGGGGGGCGUUCCUUGCCCUUCUCAGUGGGCAUCCGAGCCUCUGUGCAAGACAGACGAGGCCUGCUCAGGGGCGCUGAGUCUGGUGCAAAAGAAGAGACUUCACUCGACGCGCCCAGGGAUUAAGCGAGCGCACUUUUGGCGUCUGCUGGAGCUGCCCUGGCUUCAUGGCUGCUGGCGCCGGCAUGAGGAUGAACGGCGGGAGGAACAGCCGCAGUUUGCCCUGCAACAUCAGCUACACGCUGCCCACUAUCUCCUCCAACAAACUCCCGGACCUGCGCUUCAUCAGCCGGGGCGCUUAUGGCACGGUGUCCUCUGCGCGGCAUGCGGACUGGAGGGUCCAGGUGGCUGUCAAGUGCCUGCAGGGGCCUCUUCUGGACAGUGAUAGAGACAAUCUCUUGAAAGAAGCUGAAAUCUUACACCAGGCCAGAUUCAGUUACAUUCUGCCGAUUUUGGGAAUUUGCAUUGAACCUGAAUUUCUUGGAAUAGUGACAGAGUAUAUGCCAAAUGGGUCGCUGAACCAACUUUUACAUGGAAAAAAUCUAUAUCCUGAAAUUGCUUGGUCACUAAGGUUUCGUAUUCUGUAUGAAAUCGCCUUGGGAGUAAACUAUUUGCACAACAUGAGUCCUCCACUCUUGCACCAUGAUUUGAAGACCCAGAAUAUUUUACUUGACAGUGACUUUCAUGUUAAGAUUGCAGAUUUUGGUUUGUCAAAAUGGCGCAUGGUGUCCAUGUCACUAUCGCGAGGUGAGAAAUCAAUGCCUGAGGGAGGGACUAUUAUCUACAUGCCACCUGAAGAUUAUGACUUCUCUCAAAAAUCACGGGCUGGUAUUAAGCAUGAUAUAUACAGUUAUGCCAUUAUUAUGUGGGAAGUGAUGUCAAGAAAGCAGCCCUUUGAAGAAGUUAUAAACCCCUUGCAGAUUAUGUAUAGCGUGUCUCAAGGAAAGCGUCCGGACACUAGUGAAGAAUGUUUGCCGCUUGACAUUCCUCACCGUACACUGAUGAUAUCCUUAAUUGAAGGUUGCUGGGCACAAAAUCCAGAUGAAAGGCCUUCUUUUUCAAGAUGCUUAAUAGAGCUUGAACCAGUGUUGAGAACAUUUGAUGAGAUACCUGUGCUUCAAGCUGUGAUACAGUUAAAGAAUGCCAAAUCUCAGUAUGAGUGGCGAUGUGUUCAUUUAUCUAGCAAGAUGUCCAACCAUGAGCCAGUAUCUUUAAAUAUACCAUUAAAUCCUGCUUCACAACAGGAGGCACGUGACUCUUCAUACUCCAGUGAAGUGCAUCCUCUGAGAAUCUCUCCCUCGGAACCAUUCAAACCGCUCAAUAUCCUCUCCCCCGAUAAUGAUGACCCACACUCACUGAUUAGCAUACAUAAAAGUUCCUUGCCGUCCCAAAGUACUAAAUCUUGGACAUCUCAACAAAGUUGUUCCUCUUCUGACACAAGUAAUUCCAGUUCAUCAAGUUCCAUGCCAUAUGUGCCUAUGCCACCAGGAGCCAACUCAGAUUUUUUACUGCCGAGUGUGCAACAGGAUAUUGCUCAGCAGUGGAUCCAAAGCAAAAGGGAGGAAAUUGUGUGCCAGAUGACCGAAGCUUGUCUUAACCAGUGUCUGGAUGCCCUCCUAGCAAAGGAUUUAAUCAUGAAGGAGGAUUAUGAACUUAUCACCACGAAACCUACAAGGACAUCAAAAGUCAGGCAGCUGCUUGACACUUCUGAUAGCCAAGGAGAAGAAUUUGCAAAAGUUCUGGUACAAAAACUGAAAGACAAUAAACAGUUGGGACUGCAGCCUUAUCCAAAUAUAUCUACUGUGUAUAAACCCACAUCUUUGAACUGAUGAACAUCAGUGUAAAGAACCCAAAGUGUUUUCCUGCUAUUAGGAUUCCUGUUUCUGAAAUGUCACUUAAUCUUUGCUAUAGACUGAAGUUCAUUUUCUUUUCUUUUUAAAAGUCUGGUAAGUGGAAAUUUUAUAUAACAUCCAUCUUUGUUUUUAAAUAUAAAAACUAUUUUUACACCAGAGUUUCCUCAUUUGAUACACAUGUAUCUUGUGGAUCUAGGGGGAAAAUAAGGAAAAUACAAAAUAUUAUGAAAAUAAACAUGGCUUUACCGUCUUUAUACAUAUA